GAUAUUGCUCGGUUUGAUUAACACUUUUCAUAAACUAUUUUCGACUCCCUUUCGCACACAAAUCGAUACAUAUAAAACACCAAAUGGAUGCAGAGGAGCAAACUCAGUGCAAUGGGGCCAACAAAGAUCCCGACACGAAUGAAACUAUUGUAGAUUCUGUUGUGAAAAACAACUUUAAGGUCCUAUCUGAAGAUACCAUUACAUACUUGCGUGAUAAACAUGUCCCAGAGGUAAUGGAAUUCAUUAUGAAAUCCAUUGUUGCACAGAAACCAGAGUCUCCCUUCGCCUUCAUUCACAAGCUCACCUCUACUCCGUAUCCACCACGAAUUGUUAUCGCCGGACCGCCCGCCACUUUCGUACAAACACACUGCGAACAAAUUGAGGCCUUCUACAAACAAAAAAAGAAUAUCCGUCCUGUUUAUAUUUCCUCUGGUGAACUCAUUCGCUGGGAAAUUGAGAACGGUACCCCCACCGGCAAAAUCGCAGAAGGCUAUAUUGCGAAUAUGCAAUUGGUGCCCGAUUGCCUUGUCUUUGGCCUUGUGCGAGAUCGACUCGAGCAGAAAGAUGCGCGGGAAAAUGGCUGGAUUCUCGAUGGCUUCCCCCGAACCGCCAAACAAGUCCACGACCUCGACGCACAAGGCUACACCCCCGAUCUUUACAUCCAACUCGUGGCCGCGGAUGAGGUGCUGAUGGAACGAGUGAUUUGGCAGCGGUUGGACCCGGCCACCGAUGUGAUUUACCAUCUCAAAACAAAUCCCCCACCGAAUAACGACUUCGCCCUGUUAGAACGUCUGACUCAGCGCCCGGAGGAUACGCACGAGUCGUUGAUGGAGCAUCUUAAGGCGUACCGCCAGGCCGCCACCGUCUUGGCGACGCAUUAUUCCCUUAUAAGGGUCUGUCAGAACGCCAACAUUCCCUUAAUCGAAGCGUUGAAAGAAACGGACAAGACGCUUGAAAAUCACUACAUUAGCUAA